CCGGAUGGUCGGGAUACGAUUAACUGCGGUCCGAAGCGGAGAGCCGGCGGUUCGCGGCGCCUUUCCCCACUAGAGUCACUGUCUUUCUCAAAGUGAAGAGUUAUGGCUUUGUCUGCUUUGAUGCAAAUGAAAACGAUGAAGUGUUCCGCCGUUAAAUUGGCUGUGAACUAUUGUACUAAAGCGGUUGAUCUGCCUGGUUGCACAGCCCAGGCGACGCAGCACGGUCACGUCGAUAAUCCCUCAGAUUCCAGUGUUAGCGGCAAACCAGUCGCAACCGCAACCGCAGCAUCGGAGAACAAAACUUACCUGUGGGGUCGUUACAAUGAAAUGAAAAAAUUAGUGCAUGAUCUGUGCUUCAUUUCCCGGACUUGUCUUUUGUCUCCAAUUUGGUUUGGUCCAUUAAAAAUCUACCAUACUGUUGGACCUUGCAGAGGAAGGAGCAUUUAUUCAGGAAAUCCUCCAAUUUUCUACAUCAACAAAUUGGAACUUAUUCCCCCUGGAAUCUGCCACAUUCUCAAUCCAGCAAAUAUUUAUUCAAACAAUGAGGUUAAGUUGGGGAACAUUGAAAUCUAUGGAUUUGAUUAUGAUUAUACUCUUGCACAGUACUCCAAUUCUGUGCAUACAAUGAUCUUUGACACUGCACGUGAAAUCCUCAUUGAUGAAUACAAGUAUCCAGAAGGGAUCAAAGAGUAUGAAUACCAACCAAACUUUGCCAUCAGAGGCCUCCAUUAUGAUGUGCGCAAGGGAGUUCUAAUGAAGAUUGAUGCUUUCCACUAUGCCCAGUUAGGAACGGCAUAUAGGGGACUCAAUCCAGUACCAGAUGAUGAAGUGUUACACAUGUAUGAAGGAACCCAGCAUGUUCCUCUACAUCAAAUGAGUGACUUCUAUGGCAAGGGCCCUUCAAUGAAACAGUUCAUGGAUAUUUUCUCUCUGCCUGAAAUGACACUUCUGUCAUGUGUCAAUGACUAUUUUAUUAAUCACAACAUUGAAUAUGACCCUGUUCAUCUCUUCAGAGACGUAAGUGAUGCAAUAAGUAAUGUCCAUAUCAAAGGAAUGAUGUACAAGUGGAUUGAAAAUGACUUUGAAAAUUGCAUUCUUCAUGGAGAUGAAACAUAUGCCGUCCUAAACCGUUUGGUUAAUGACGGAAAGAAGCUCUUCCUCAUCACCAACAGUCCCUUCAACUUUGUUGACAAGGGUAUGAAAUACAUGGUGGGCAAAGACUGGCGGGACCUUUUUGACCUGGUGAUCGUCCAAGCCGACAAGCCGAGCUUCUUUACAGACAAGCGCAAGCCUUUCCGAAGACUGGAUGACAUGGGUACACUUCAGUGGGACAAAAUCAGCACCUUGGAGAAGGGCAAGAUGUAUAAACAGGGCAACCUUUUUGAUUUUCUGCGGCUGACGGGCUGGCGUGGAUCCAAGGUGCUUUAUUUUGGUGACCAUCUGUACAGUGACCUUGCAGACCUAAUGCUCCGACACGGUUGGAGGACAGGCGCAAUUGUACCCGAACUAGAGACAGAAAUCAGUAUCAUUAACACAGAACAGUUCACACAUGGGCUGACUUGGCUACAGGCCCUAACAGGUCUUCUGGAGAGACUGCAGGUUUACCAAGAUGCGGAGUCAAAGCAAGUGCUUGAUGAAUGGAUAAAGGAGAGACAAGAAUUAAUGUCUCUGACAAAGAACUUAUUCAACCCCCAGUUUGGGAGCAUUUUCAGGACUCACCACAACCCCACCUAUUUUUCUCGAAGGUUGUGCAGAUUCUCCGACAUCUACAUGUCCUCGAUCAGCUGCCUCCUGAACUAUGACACUACCUACACCUUCUAUCCCAGACGGACUCCUUUACAACACGAGGCACCCCUGUGGAUGGACCAGCUCUGCACUGGCUGCAUGAAGACUCCUUUUCUGGAAGAGAUGGUGCACAUAAGAUAAAUUCAACCACGUCUCACCUGUAGUUUGAUUCCAAAUGGAGACAUUGAUAUCCCCUGCACCUCAAGAGGUUAUGCAUCAGGUGGGAUUUUUCUUUGAAGAAGCAUGAUUGGACAUGUAAAUGGAAAAUGAAUACAAUAGGAGUAUUAGAUGUUUGUGAUUGGAAUGAUAAAGUUGCAAUGGUAGUGACUUGUGUUAUUGUCCCUUGCUAGACCAAGCCCUUUAUCACCACAAUGUGCUCCAGUUGAUGCUAUUGUUGGCUGCAGUGUCCUCCUCAUAAUUGUGUUGGCUUUGCAGAUCUGAGUUCAGUGAGAACAAUACAAGGUCUAAGCAGAUUACGUAUUGGUCUACAGUACCAGCGAUUUAAUGGAUUCCGGGUUUAUCAGAUAAUGACAUGCAUGGUAAUUUUGUCCAUACAUUGUGACUGCCUGAUAUGGAUCCAGACAUUUCUCUGAGCUUUACAAAACUGGAAAGAUAUUGUUAUUAUUGGGCUCUGAAUUUUCAAAUAAUUCUUAGGCACCUGAGGGUUAACACAAGAUCCCUUGUCAAAGAGAAUAGUUAAAUGCACUUAGUGUUGCCGUGGUACCAUCUGUAGAUAUUAAUUUUGUGUUUUAAUGAAAUUGAUUGGUAAAGGGAAGAAUAAUCUUAAAUAUGUUUCAUUAGGUGUACUUAUAGUGUGUUUUCUAUUCUAGGACACCAAGGGAAACUUAGAGGCUCAUUGGGAGUGUAUGGGGAAUUGAUAUUUUUAACUUUGCUUUAGUUAUUUACAAGAUUACCGUACAAUCUCAGUUAGGAUGCUGGCUACUGAUUUCCAGUAAUCCUGAGAAUAGAGUAAUUGAAACAAUUUUAAAUUGUUCAUAAAUUUAAUUCAAAAUUAAGCUUGUUACGACUGUAAUUUCUAAAGUUCCUUGUCAUCUUGCCGACAACAGCAAUGCCGAUGUUGCCAUUAGUGUCCUGACCAGAGCUUGUCCAGGGUUCUGUGAAUCCAGUGUCACAGAUGGCCAAGGUUCUGUGUUGAGGAUGUAUAUUUGUACAAAUAUAUCUUCCUUGGUUUGAAAGUAAUUGGGCUAACUCUAAAAUCAUCAGUCAUAAAAGUUUUGGAAGUUCUUGAAACCAAAUUCAUGCAGCACCUGUCACUACACUACAUAGAGGCUAGAUAAUACACAAAUUGAUGUAAGGUAGUCACACAGGUUUACUCCUGAGACACAGGUAUUUAGCCUAGAGUGGAAGCUCGGGUUCUUCAAGGUUGUUUAAGUUGAAAUUAAAGACUACUAUUUUAUGGUCUAGUGCUAAUAUUUUAAUAUAGUUGUAAUAUGUCACUGAACUUACUAAAUUACUGUACUAUAAUGUUGCACAAAACAAUUAACUCCCAACUUGAAUUUCUCUCAUCUCCUGACUUCCACCCUCCACCAAGUCACAAUUAUGUCUUCUGCAGAUUACAGAAGAUCUGAUUGGCUGAUCAGACUACACAAUAAACCAAUCCUUGCCAGGCUUCUCCUGUAGAUGACAUCAUGGUAGUUCUCCACCAGUGGAGCUGAGUUGGUGUGCAGCCUCGCUCUGCAUUGCAGUGCUCAAGUUUUGCUCCAGGGGUGGGGCGGGGGGGGGGGAGAUAGUUGGAUAUCUAUAAGCUUUACUUAUUGUGUAGACUACUGGAAAUCUCAGGGUAGGGGGAUGUCCUUCUCCAAGCUAUUUUACAAAAAAAUUAUACAAAUCUUGGAGCCCAUGUUUGUAAGUUGGCAGUCAGUGGACAGCAUGGUGCCAGUAGGUAUAGACCUAGAUGUUGGAGGGCUUUUUCCGUGCUGCACUAGAAGGCAAGAUCAUUGUCAUCAGAUCUUGUCUUCCAGUGGAACAUACCCACAACUUCCAGUGUCUGUGUUGGAGUUCACUGUCAGGAGUUCCACUGUUUCAACAGGCUUUGAGACUGAGUUGUGAGCAGUAUGAUCUUCUUGCGCAUGAAACCAAGAAUGCUGUUGUGUGUGGAUCAGAUUGGCACUGUGCCAAUAUGACAGGGCAGGCAAAGUCACACACAGCAGCACAAAGGUAAGAGAUAAAUGCUGUUAUUUUUUUUCUACAUACAAAUGUUUUUGCUGUGAUGCUUUUGGCAUUGUGUAGGUCACUGAGUAAAGGAAAUUAGCGUGGAAGUAGGCAGUAUCGAAAGGUAACGUCUUUAUUCCUUGAAAAUCGUUCAUUGGAAAGCAUGAAUGCUAUGCUGGCCUUUAUUGCAAUAGUUGAGAUAGAACAUAGAACAGUAUGCUGUGGUGUUUUGCCAGCCUACUCCACAAUCUAUCCCUUCCCUCCUACACAGACCACAACCCUCACUUUCAACGGUAAAAUGCCUUUGUACUUCAGAACUGGAAUGUUGCUCAUGGCCUAAUCUCCCUACCUAAAGACGUUUAUAAUAGUGAGAGUGCAAUGGUGGUUAGCCAGAUCCAUUUGUGGGAUGGUGACUUGUUGUAUAACGCGAGAUUAAACAAUGUUUAUACUCCUGGACCUAGGGGAUGAUAUUGCAUUGGAGUGUGCAAGAUUCUUACAGUGUCAGACACAGUAGACGCACAUCCCAGAUCAGUCUCAAAAUAAGAAGUCAACUAUUUGCAAAUGAAAUGAAAAGAAAUAUCUUCACCCAGAGAGUGAAGAAUCGUUAGAAUUCACUACCCGAGAGGGCUCAGUUGUUGUGUAUAUUCAACACUGUGAUCAAGAGAUUGUGAAUAUUAAUACAAAAAGAAUGAGAUCUUGGGUUAGUGCAAGAAUGAGGGAAGACAUCAAAGCCAUGGAGUUGUCGAGUAAUAUGACCUGGAAACAGGCCAUUUUACCCCAUGCCAAACAAGCUGUUUAUCCUAGCUAGUGUCAUUUGCUUGCAUUUAGUCCAUAACCGUCUAAAGAUCUCCUAUUUAUGUACCUGUCUAAACAUUGUAAUAGCACCUACCUCUCAGCUUCCUCUGGCAGCUCAUUCCAUAUACCUACCACCCAUUGUGGGUUUCCCCUAGUGCAUCUUUCUAAAUCUUUUCCUAAUCACCUUAAAUCUGUCUCUAGUUUUCGAGAGGGAAAAAAGCGUGACCACUCACCUUUUCCUUGCCCCUCAUGAUUUAGUAGGUUGUCCUUCAGCCUCCUGUGCUCACAACGAAAGAAGUUCUAGCCUAUCCAACCUCUCAAAUCCCCUCAGACCCAGUAACAUCCUUGUGAAUCUUUUUUACACCCUUUCCAACUGAAUGACAUCCACCCUUUCUGGGCCGCCAGAUGACACAGUAUUCCAGUGUGGUCUCACCAAUGAUUUGUACAGACGCAACAUGACAUUCCAACCCCGUUAAACGUUGCCGUGAAUGACACCACAUCAUAUGCACACACCUCACUAAAGCAACAAAGCACGUAUGUCCUCGGGAAAGGAAAGAUGAUCGUGUUUUAAAAUGGCAGAAAAUGGACAAAAUUCACAAGUACCAGGUGAAAAUAAUUAUAAAUUUAAAAAAAAAGCAGAAAUGGCUGGCUACAUUGGGAAGAUGUUUUUGAUUGCAAAAGACGUAACUGGAUACUACAUACAGAGUGAACUGAGCUGUAUUUUGAAGCACAUGAAACAGCCGAUGAAAGGAGUGCCAGUUUUGCUGAUUGCAUUGGGUUGAAAUGCAUACAAUUUGCUUAGAAGUUUGACUGCUCCAACCACUCCAGCCGGAAUGAGCUUUGCUGAUAUCAUGAAAGUAAUGCAGGAACAUUUAGAACGGAAGCCAUUGUUGAUUGCAGAAUACUUUAGGGUUCAUUAGCAGAAUCAAAGGGGAGUCCGUUUCAGUGCAUGUGGCUGAAUUGAAGAGAUUGCCCAAGCAUUGCCAAUACAUUGAUGGGCUUAAUUGUGCACUGAAAAAUUGUUUGGUGUGUGGAAGAAAGCAUUCAAAAACAGCUUCUAAUUGAAGCACAACUCACAUUUAAAGGAGGAGUUUAAAUCAAUGGAAGUUGCAGACAGACUCCUACCAGAUUGAUUCCUGGGAUGGCAGGACUUUCAUAUGAAGAAAGACUGGAUGAACUGGGCUUGUACUCGUUGGAAUUUAGAAGAUUGAGGGGGGAUCUGAUUGAAACGUAUAAGAUCCUAAAGGGAUUGGACAGGCUAGAUGCAGGAAGAUUGUUCCCGAUGUUGGGGAAGUCCAGAACGAGGGGUCACAGUUUGAGGAUAGAGGGGAAGCCUUUUAGGACCGAGAUUAGGAAAAACUUCUUCACACAGAGAGUGGUGAAUCUGUGGAAUUCUCUGCCACAGCAAACUGUUGAGGCCAGUUCAUUGGCUAUGU